UGAAGACACCCGUAACCGUAAGUCAGAGGAGAGUAAAAUCUUUUCAUUUCUCUCUUCUUUGUCAAAACUAAAAGCUCCACGUUUCUUCUUCUCUUUCGCUCUCUCUUAUCGUCCAGAUUCUCUCUGUAGAUUUAUUAUCACUCUCCUCUUCGUUUUCAAUCAAUUUUUUCUAUUUCGAUUCCAUUCCCCGAUCUGCUCUGUAACAAAGGAGGAGAAAUGGAUCAAUCAUCAAACAGAUUUGGGAGUAGUGGUGUUGAAUCAAUUUUACCAAACUACAAGAUUGGUAAAACACUUGGGAUUGGCUCUUUCGGCAAGGUCAAAAUCGCUGAGCAUCUUCUCACUGGCCACAAGGUUGCUAUCAAAAUCCUCAAUCGCCGCAAGAUCAAAAACAUGCAAAUGGAAGACAAAGUGAGGAGGGAGAUUAAGAUUCUUAGGUUGUUUAUGCAUCCACACAUCAUUCGGCAAUAUGAAGUCAUAGAGACUCCAGGUGACAUUUAUGUUGUGAUGGAGUAUGUCAAGUCUGGAGAGCUCUUUGAUUACAUUGUUGAGAAGGGUAGAUUACAAGAGGACGAGGGUCGUAACUUUUUCCAGCAGAUAAUAUCUGGUGUGGAGUAUUGCCACCGCAAUAUGGUUGUCCACAGAGACUUGAAGCCUGAGAAUUUGCUUUUGGACUCGAGGUGCAAUAUCAAGAUUGUUGACUUUGGCCUCAGUAAUGUCUUGCGUGACGGUCAUUUUCUUAAGACCAGCUGUGGUAGCCCCAACUAUGCUGCUCCUGAGGUUAUAUCAGGAAAAUUAUACGCUGGACCUGAAGUAGAUGUUUGGAGCUGCGGAGUUAUAUUGUAUGCUCUACUCUGUGGUACCCUUCCUUUUGAUGAUGAAAACAUUCCCAACCUUUUCAAAAAGAUAAAGGGUGGGAUUUACACUCUUCCAAGUCAUUUAUCGUCUGAGGCUAGAGAACUGAUCCCAAAGAUGCUGACAGUUGACCCAGUGAAACGAAUCACCAUUCCCGAGAUCCGUCAACACCGUUGGUUUCAGACUCAUCUUCCUCGUUAUCUUGCUGUUUCUCCACCAGAUACAGUAGAGCAAGCCAAAAAGAUCAAUGAGGAGAUAGUUCAAGAAGUGGUUAAAUUGAGAUUUGACAGAAACCACGUUAUGGAAUCUCUUCGCAACAGAGUCCAAAACGAUGCUACUGUUACAUACUACCUGUUAUUGGACAACCGGUUCCGUGUUACAAGUGGCUAUCUUGAAUCCGAGUUUCAGGAGACAAUAGACAAUGGUUCCAAUGCUAUGCGCCCAGGUGAAGCCGCUGCUUCACCUGUAGGCCACUGGGUUCCUACACAUAUGGAUCAGUUCGGGUUAGGAGGAAGAUCACAAGCACCAGUUGACCGAAAAUGGGCUCUUGGACUUCAGUCGCAGGCGCAUCCUCGUGAAAUCAUGAAUGAAGUAUUGAAAGCUCUUCAAGAACUCAAUGUGUGUUGGAAAAAGAUUGGGCACUACAACAUGAAAUGCCGAUGGGUUCCUGGUUUUUCUGAUGGUCAGAAUACUAUGGAGAACGAAUCGAGCAUCAUUGAGGAUGACUGUACCAUGACCUCACUGACCGUCAUCAAAUUUGAACUUCAGGUAACUGCAGACUCACUAAUCUUAGGAAUUAUUGGCUCAACAAGACACAGCCUAUUUCGGUUUGGCAAGGAUAUGAACUGUUCAACGGUUAGGACAGAGACCAGUUCUUAAGAUAGUAGUUACGCUUCUUGGUUUUCCAAAACUAAACUGGCUAGGGCAGUGACUAA